AUGCAGGGAAGCAUGCGACUGUGGAUGUCUAUGCUGACUAUAUGUCUAUCCUUGCUGAUCUGCUUGGGAACAUUUGCGGAGGCGUACCCAUCAAAACCAGACAAUCCAGGAGAGGAUGCACCAGCAGAGGACAUGGCCAAAUACUACUCAGCACUGAGACAUUAUAUAAACCUCAUAACAAGACAAAGAUAUGGAAAGAGAUCAAAUCCCGAAGCAAUGUUGUCAGAUGUUUGGUGGAGAGAAAGCACAGAAAACAUUCCUCGAUCUCGGUAG